UUAUGUGCGUAGAGCGCUACUGUAUUCUCGGCCGUAUUAUUUGUGCACGAAAAGAAUCAAUAAUAUAACCUACAAAACAGACCUCAAUCGCACGAGGAUGCCCAGAGCGAAGAAAAAGUCGAAAACAGAGAGGGCCGGGAUUGACAAUGCGUGGUCGUUAAAAAUCCCAGAGUUCAAGGAACAGGAUAACCCGCACCGUCUGCUGGAGGAAAGCUCGUUUGCCAGCAUGUUUCCCAAGUAUCGGGAGCAGUACUUGAAGGAACAUUGGCCAUUGGUGCAGAAGGCGUUGGUCGAGCACCACCUGAAAGCCGAGCUGGAUCUUCUCGAGGGUAGCAUGACAGUGAAAACCACGAGGAAGACCUGGGAUCCGUACAUCAUCGUCAAGGCACGUGACAUGAUCAAGCUCAUGGCUCGCUCAGUUCCCUUCGAACAGGCGAUGCGAGUUCUUCAGGACGACGUUGGCGCGGAUGUUGUGAAGAUCUCGUCACUCGUCAGGAACAAGGAGAAGUUCAUCAAGAGGAGGCAACGGCUUAUUGGACCAAAUGGAUGUAACUUAAAAUCCCUUGAGCUGCUCACUAACUGCUACAUCGUGGUCCAGGGCCAAACUGUAUCGGCAUUGGGUCCAUACAGGGGUCUGCAGCAAGUGAGAAAGAUAGUAGAGGAUACCAUGAACAAUAUUCACCCAGUUUAUAGCCUCAAGGCGUUGAUGAUCAAAAGAGAGCUCGCCAAAAAUCCGAAUCUGAAGAACGAGGAUUGGGAGCGAUAUCUUCCCAAGUAUAACAGUAAGAACACAAGUAAGCGCAAAGAGCCGAAGAAGAAGAAGGAGAAGAAACCAUACACGCCAUUCCCGCCGCCUCAGCAGGAGAGUAAGCUCGACAAGGAGAUGGCGUCUGGUGAAUACUUCUUGAAAGAGGAACAGAAGAGAGCGAAGAGGAAGAAGGAACAAGAGGCCAGGCACGAAGAGGCGACCAAGAGAAGGCAGGAGCGCAGGGCACAGGCGUUUGUGCCACCUGAAGAGAAACCUGUUGAAAGUAAAGUUACGGACAGUGAUAUGGACAUUGAGGAAAUAAAGAAAAAAAUUCAGAAAGGACUGAAGAAACGUAAAACAGAGUGACGACGUCAAAGUGCAACAUAAGAUGGACAUUUCUUAUAAAUAUAAUUAUUCAUGUUAAUAAGUACAUACCAUGAAUGAUAUGUAAAGUGUUGUGCGAAAGAAUGACUCCUGUUAAUAAAUUUACGGGAAUAGUCCGUUAUUUUAUUAGAAAAA